AUGCUGGGAGCGUGCGGCAUGCAGAGGUGCCACCAGGAAGCAUUAAAGAAGAAUCGGGUGAUGCUGGCCAAGCAGCUGGUUUUAAAAGAACUCAUGGAGCAUAUGAUCGAGAAAGACAUCAUCACCCCUGAAAUGGUGGAGAUGAUACAGGCCAAGUCUGGGAGCUUCAGCCAAAAUGUAGAAUUCCUCAAUUUGCUGCCCAAGAGAGGUCCUAAUGCCUUCUCAGCUUUCUGUGAAGCAUUACGAGAAACCAAACAGCAACAUCUGGAAGAAAUUAUCUUGAAGACAGAUUUCAAUCUGAGCAAUGAGGUUUCAAGGCUGAAACACUCUUAUGGACCAUAUCUUUCAUUCCCUGUCCUUGAAUCAUGUAAUUCAAAGAGACCACGCUGGACUGAACCAGUGGAACUUUCCUGGGAUAAUGGAGAUGGUCCACCAGUUCCUCCAGUGAAGCACUGCACUCCAGAAUUCUAUCAUGAUCACCAGCACUUGGCAUAUAAACUGAUAUCAGAGCCACGAGGCCUUGCACUUAUUCUCAGCAAUAUGCAUUUCAGUAGCAAAAAGGACUUGGAGUACCGCUCAGGGGGAGAUGUGGACUGUACGGCACUGGAGAUGCUUUUCAAAUAUCUUGGGUACAAAGUGACUGUCUAUCAUGAUAAAACUGCACAGGAAAUGCAGGAUAUAUUGCAGAGAUUCUCUAAGAGGCCAGAGCAUCGGGAUGUGGAUUCCUGUAUUAUAGCCUUACUCUCCCAUGGUGUGGAGGGCGGGGUUUAUGGCACUGAUGGCAAACUACUACAGUUGCAGGAGGCUUUCCGGCUCUUCGAUAAUGCAAACUGUCCAAAUCUCCAAAAUAAGCCCAAAAUGUUCUUUAUUCAGGCCUGCCGGGGAGAUGAGGCAGACCGGGGAGUGGAUCAAAGAGAUGGAAAAGAAUGGUCACAUUCCCCAGGCUAUGAAGAAAGUGAUGCAAACAAGGAAGAAAAAGUCAAGCUGCGUCUGCCUACAUGCUCUGAUAUGAUCUGCGGAUAUGCUUGUCUGAAAGGCACUGCUGCCAUGCGAAACACCAGGCGUGGAUCCUGGUAUGUGGAGGCUCUCACCUCUGUAUUUGCAGAGGACUCCCGAGACACUCAUGUGGCUGACAUGUUGGUGAAGGUGAAUAGACAGAUCAAACAAAGAGAAGGUUAUGCCCCAGGCACAGAAUUUCAUCGCUGUAAGGAAAUGUCAGAAUACUGUAGCACACUCUGUCGGGACCUUUACCUGUUUCCUGGCUAUCGAGCACAAAAUUAACCCUGCCAGUUCUGCGAAAGAGUUAUACUGCCAAAGCUGGACUCUGAGGAUGGAUGUCUUCGUUUCCCUUCUUGUGGGCUUUGAUGUCAGAUGCCCAAGCAAGGAAGGCUUGUUUAUGUGUCACCAGACCAAUUCUAGAAGUCUUUUUCUAAAAUAAUCUGGC